CGCUGAAGGCGGAGCGCGCAGAUCGAGGCGGAGCUCUCCGUGGUACUUAAAGGAUGCUGGCGCUGAAGGCGCCGAAGAAACACGAGUGUUGGAGACUCCCGUGCGCGAGAAGAAAGAGUAGCAGAGGUGGGGGCGGACCGCCCGGAGCACUGAUGGACCCCAUGGAUAUUUAGCCAUUCGCCCGGGGAGCGCACAGACACUGCAGUCCAUGCCUCUGCCUUGCCAGGUCAUUGAUGGGAAAUCAACUGGAUCGGAUCACCCACCUCAACUACAGCGAGCUGCCCACGGGGGAUCCGUCCGGGCUGGAGAAGGACGAGCUACGCGUCGGGGUCGCCUACUUCUUCUCUGACGAAGAGGAGGAGGUGGACGACCGCACUCCGUCCGACUGCGGCUUCACCAAGGACCACAGCACGGCCGAGGAGGGGCCCUUCUCGGUCAGCGAGGUGGAGUACUCCGCGUUCUGCGCGCAGGAAUGCAUCUUCUCCAAGCUGCAGGAAAACGAGGACCUGAACGCAUACACGGCCAAAACUUUGCUGACUAUGUGCAAACAGGGCGACCUGCUGGAGCUGGUCGGCACCGCGCAGCCCCCCCACUGGGCCAUCUACGAGCAGGCCGACCAGGUGAUCCACCUGCACAAGGGCGAGAUCCGCAAGGACAGCCUGUUUGAGAUCAGCGGCGGUCGACACGGGAGGAUAGUGAACAAUCGGUACCGGUACCGGCCGCUCCCGCCCGACCUGGUGAUGCAGAAUGCGGUGGGACAUUUGGGCCUGAGCAGCGAGGACAUAUGCUGGACCAACUCGGAAAGUUUCGCCGCGUGGUGCCGCUUUGGCAAACGGGAAUUCAAAGCCGGGGGAGAGGCGCACUCGGCGGAGCAGCAGUAUUUCCUCAAGGUGCACGUGUCCGGCAGUGGCGUGCACACGCUGGUCUUUCGUAGCCUGGAGGACAUGAUCCGCGAGAGGAGGCGAGUGGACGCCAGUGGAAUUCUCAAAGAGCUGGUGAACGGGAGCGAGGACUGAUCAGGAAUUCCGCGUGGAUACCCCUCUUCGUGACGCACACGUACACAACGCAGACAAGCACACGCAUAAAGGACCUGUUUGAUUUUUUUUUUUUUUUUUUUUUUGGAACCACCCCACCCCCCGCGCGCGCGUCACGAGAAGGACCUGGCGCGCGCACGGCCAUACAAAUCAAGACAACGCCCCUUCAGAUUUGUGCAAAACCCAUCACCCUGGCAACGCCACAUCCUUGACCACGCCCACAUAGCGCACAUGGUUCUCCUUGGUUCCGGGAUGAUGGAUGUAGGGGAAGAUGGGGAUGACUCUGGGGUAAAAGUCUCCCUUCUAUUUGUUUUUUUUUUUUGUUUGUUUUUAAAAAAAGCUUUAAGACCGACUGGGACUGACCACGACACGAAUCCAGACGUGAACCGGCAGAUUUAACGGCAGUCAACGCAGUUGCCUAAACAAAAACAAACAAACAAACACAAACAUUUGGCUCCUUGAGGCUCCUCUUUUUGCCAUAUCGAGAAUAUUCCCAAUGCUGUCAUCCUGCUCCCACGGCACCGGAUGUGUGUGUAAAUUGUAUUCAUAUGUCGAUUUGAGUCCCUUAUUUUUGUAUUUAAGUUGAGUGGAUUUAACCCUCAUCUCGCCUUUAGUUCAAAUAAAUGGAGGUUGAAGUAUAAAAA